UUUUUCAAAGAAACACAACAUGCGACUUUGUUUUUUUAACGAUGAAAACGAAGUGUAUUGAGUAAUACUCCGUUCCCUGGUUCCUCCAUCGCGAAAUUAGGGUUCGCUCACUUGUCUUCAAUUUCCCAGAUUCACCUAGCACUAUCCAUAAAUCCCCCUAUUAACGUGUCUUUCGGACCGAUUUUUCUACGUGACGCAUCGCAAUUCUUCAGCGGUUUCGUUUAGGGAACCCGCGAAACCGAAUCAGAUAGUGCGGCACGGAAACUAGGAAUUAAAGCAAUGGCAGAAGAUCUUGUGCUGGAUACUGCAAUCAGAGACUGGGUGUUGAUCCCUCUCUCUGUGGUUAUGGUUCUCAUUGGUGUGCUCCGUUACUUUGUUUCUAAGCUUAUGCACUCUUCACAAACCCCUGAUGCCAAAAUUGUUAAAGAAGGGCAAGUGAUUGUUAGAGCUCGGAAUUUACGUGCUGGGGCGAAUUUCAUUCCAUCCAAGGCAUUUCGCGCUCGCAAAAUUUAUUUCUGUAACGAGGAAAAUGGUCUGUUGUUUGUUCCAAAGGGCCAGGGCCAGAAUCCGCAAGCACAGAUGUUCUCUGAUCCGAACAUGGCCAUGGAUAUGAUGAAGAAAAACCUUUCAAUGAUCAUUCCUCAGACUCUUACUUUUGCUUGGGUGAACUUUUUCUUUUCUGGAUUUGUAGCAGCCAAGAUACCCUUUCCAUUGACACAGAGGUUUAGGUCAAUGCUACAGAAUGGAAUAGACCUUAGCACCGUAGAUGUUAGCUAUGUCAGCAGUCGCUCUUGGUACUUCCUCAAUCUGUUUGGAUUAAGAGGAUUGUUUAGUCUCAUAUUGGGUGAAGAAAAUGCUGUAGAUGAUACACAACGUAUGAUGCAAAUGGGUGGAUUUGGAUUUGAUCCUUCAAAGGGUCUGAGUGCUGAGAAAGACAAUCUUGACAUAACCCAGCAUGACUGGGCCUUACCAAAUUUUGAGCAGCGUGCUGAAGCUGUGUUGAGGAAAGUUGCCAGUUAACCAUGUUAUGGAGUAGGAAGCUUCAUUGCUAGCAUUAGCAGGAUACACUUACUUUCUAUUGUUGCGGUAGGAGGUGUACCUUUUUGCAGAAAAGAUAUCAAAGAUCUUGUUGAGACUGUAGUCUUGAGACUGAACAUUUUGCAACUAUCAGAAAACAUUGUUCGGUUUUGUUGAAGCUAGAACUGAAACUAUUCAUUCUUGCUUAUUUUUCUGAAUGACCAUUGCCAUAAAAAGCAUGAAGGCUUCCCAGGAAACGUUGAGUCCUGUAAUGUGUUUCAAGGCCUAUUCAACUAUUCUAUCUGUAUCCCACAUCCCACUCCUAGAAUUGUCCCCUAAUAUGUUAAAUUAAGAAAUAUUACAUUCGCAUCUCUUAUUCUGCUUUUGUUGCAGAAUUAGAAUGCAGGUGAGGUGCACUUGAUUAUAAUCAGAUGCUAAAAAAUUGUGAUGUGAUGUAA